UCGAAUGACCUAGGCUAUGAUGCAUGGAAGUAAUUGCUCGCUGCCAAGUUGAUAUCUUAUCAGAUGUGGUAGCUAACCCAAAUCAGGACACCGUUGAUCUAUACGAGUCACUAACUUGAUCUGGAUCCCGUACUGAUACCUUCAAAAGAUUCUUGACUCAUACCACCAUCUAGUUCUUCAAAGCUUCCAAUAGAUAUACCUCUAAUGUCAACAAUAUACAUAGAUCAAGCAUCAGGCGUCGACGCGUCCGGAAAUGGGUCCGUUGAUCAGCCUUAUCAGUCCCUUGCCUUCGCCCUCUUCUCGACGCCUACCACCGAAGCCGAAACGACACAAUACCAGAUCCGCAAGGAUGCAGAUGCAACAUAUGAUGCACCAACACAGUCUGCGACAAAAAAGGCAAAAAAGGACGCCCAGGGACUUGAGAAGAAACGGUUAAAAGCGCAAGCAGAAGAGAGAGAAUUAAAAGAGAAGGCAGAGAAACGCGAACGAAGACUCCAGGAAAGCAAAAAGAUCGUUCUUACUGAAGAUCCUUCACUCCCAAAAUCUGUCAAGUCCAAGAUCGUCAAAUUGGAAUCCCUUCGCGGGCAGCGCGUCCGGGUAUCUGGCUGGGUACACAGACGGCGAGACCAGCAAGAAAUCACGUUUAUUGUCCUGCGGGACGGGACAGGAUAUCUGCAGGCUGUUCUUACUGGGAAUGCGAACAAAACAUACGAUGCUGUAACGUUACAGUUAGAGGCAUCAGUCGAGCUGACUGGUAUGCUGAAGGAGGUUCCUGAAGGACAGCGCGCUCCUGGAGGACACGAACUAGUCGUUGAUUAUUGGCGCGUCCUUGGUGCCGCUCCUGGUGCCGAAGAAGCAUUUACCAACAGGCUCAACGAGCAAUCUGACCCAUCCAUCCUGGCUGAUCUCCGGCAUCUCGUUCUCCGUGGCGAGACCGCUUCUUCUGUGCUUCGCCUGCGUGCGGCCCUUCUCUCAGCUUUCCGUCAGUCCUUUGCAGACAACGACCUUUUGGAAGUGACGCCGCCCUGUAUGGUACAAACACAAGUGGAAGGUGGCGCAACGCUCUUCAAGUUCGAUUACUACGGUGAACCAGCAUUCCUCACGCAGAGCUCCCAGCUCUAUCUUGAAACAUGUCUACCUUCCCUCGGGGACGUAUUCUGUGUCCAGGAGAGCUUCCGUGCCGAAAACAGUCACACUCGCCGUCAUCUGAGCGAAUACACCCACCUUGAAGCAGAGCUUGCAUUCAUUACAUUUGAUGACCUCAUGACACACAUAGAAGCCAUUAUCUGCGAGACAGUCGAUAAGCUCCUCGUCAACCCUGCUACCGCGGCCCUCAUCAAAACUCUGAACCCUCACUUUAAAGCGCCUUCUCGUCCUUUCAUGCGUAUGUCCUACGCAUCCGCCAUCGCAUGGCUCAACGAGCACAAGAUCCAACGCCCGGCCGAGGACACCGACGGCAACGUGAUCACCAAGAAAGACGAGGAGACUGGUAAAGACGAGCCCGUGAUGGUCGAUCAUCAAAUCGGUGACGACAUCGCAGAGGCUGCGGAGAGGCAAAUGACAGAUAUCAUUGCGGCGCCGAUCUUUUUGUAUGGCUUCCCUGCGGAGUUGAAGGCAUUCUACAUGCAGAAGAUGCCAAGAAAAGAGGGAGAGCAGGGCCCUGUAUACACAGAGAGCUGUGACCUUUUGAUGCCUGGUGUCGGAGAAAUUGUUGGCGGAUCGAUGAGGAUAGCAGAUAUGGAAGAGCUACUGGCGGCGUACAAGCGCGAGGGAAUUGACCCUGCCCCUUACUACUGGUUCACUGACCAGCGUAAAUAUGGUACUUGCCAGCAUGGAGGGUACGGACUGGGUGUCGAGCGGUUCCUUGCAUGGCUGGCUAACCGAUUCACUGUGAGGGAAUGCUCGCUGUAUCCACGAUGGCCCGGUCGUGCGACACCUUAGGUUUAUUCUGGACCUCGAUAUUUGGCAGUUUCGUGGAUGGAAUGUAUGGGUUGUGCAUAAUAGAUUCGAACCAUGUAUAUCUUUUCCCAAAGGGACAAACUAUUAAUAACAGGUGCACCCAAGUAUGCGACGAUACACCUCCUGUUUUCUAAAAGUACAUCUUCUGCUUGGGCAUCAACCGUGCUGUCCAUGACUGUGAUAAUAUUGGCCAUCCGCAACACGGCCUCAAUGCAGGUCGAUAUGUAACUUGACCUUUUACACACCCGGUCGGGAGCGUUGAGUAAUGGCUUCUAAGACCACAUCCCAAGCGUCACGACCUAAUGAAGGUCGCG